AUGAAGCCCAAGUACAUAAAAAUACUGAGUCCCACCAAAUCCUGCCUGUACGGCAGGUUAGACCACCGCUUCUCGCCGCCAUGCGAUUAUACCACGCGGUCGCGGCGCCGCAAUCACAUCACAGCCACCCGCCGGCGUUUCUCUAACUACCUUCGUUUCGUAAGUCAAAAGGACGAUACUGCCCUUGCUCCCCUUGCUCUGGCUUCUCCGCACGAGAUCCUUCACCUUGAACCUCCACCGCUUCGAAUUCCCACCAGCGGAGACGCUUUUCUUGCCCGUGCUCCACCAUCGCCUCCGGCUGCCACGGGCAGUAAAGAAAAAAACUUCCAUGAACAAUCACUUGGAUACCAUAUGAGGAGAACUCGAUCUCCAAUUUUAGGGUUAAUGAGGUGGGAAAGAAAUCUCUUACCAUAUUAUUCGGGGGUGAUCUUUUGGUAA